UAAGAAAAAAAUUCUCUUCAUCUCACUUUAUAAUUUUUUAUAUGUUGGUGAAAAUCUAUAUAAUUUUUCACAAUUUGCUGCCAAUUGCACCGAUCACUUGUUCUUGAAUUUAUAUUUGAAAAGGAACAUAGAGGAGAGAAACUGAAGUAGAAGAGGCGGUGGUGUUGGGAGAAUGUCAAGUGGGCUAAAUCGAGCUACGAGCGGUUCCAAGAAUGCUCUCCCUCCUCAAGAACUGCUCGACGAUCUUUGCAGUCGUUUUGUUCUAAAUGUGCCUAAGGAAGACCAGCAGUCUUUUGAGAGGAUUCUGUUUCUUGUGGAGUAUGCACAUUGGUUUUAUGAAGAUAACUCGGUUGAAAAGAAUCCAUCUCUGAAGUCAUUAACUUUGAAGGAAUUUACUUCUUUAUUGUUCAACAACUGCGAUGUUUUAAAACCAUAUGUUGCCCAUAUAGACGACAUAUUUAAGGACUUCACUUCAUAUAAAGUGCGAGUUCCAGUGACAGGGGCCAUUAUACUGGAUGAAACCUAUGAAAGGUGCUUGCUAGUGAAGGGAUGGAAAGGGACAAGUUGGAGCUUUCCUCGUGGAAAGAAAAACAAAGAUGAGGAAGAUCACAAUUGUGCCAUCAGAGAAGUCCUAGAGGAAACAGGUUUUGAUGUUUCAGAACUCCUUCACAAAGACGAUAACAUAGAAAUGAUUUUUGGACAGCAGAGAGUGAAACUGUACAUUGUUGCUGGGGUGAAAGAUGACACACCAUUUGCACCUCUUACUAAAAAGGAGAUAAGUGAAAUUGCAUGGCACCGGCUUGAUGAACUUCAACCUGCAAAUGAUGAUGUCAUAUCUCGUGGGAUCACCGGCCUCAAGCUCUACAUGGUUGCUCCAUUUUUAGCAUCCUUAAAGUUGUGGAUUUCAGGGCAUCCACCUCCUGUGGCACCUAGGUCAGAUAAACCAAUGAGAGGAAUUAGUGUGUGGAAGGCAAAAAACAGUUCUUUGGGUAGCAGCUCCACAAUAGCCGAGAGUCAGGCAAGUAAACUGGUUGCCGAUGUGCACGCUCCCGACUCACACCCGGGCAGGAGCUUCAGAAACUUCUGCUUUGAUACUGGUCCGAUCUUCCAAGCGGUCGAGGCUGCAUUCUCAACUUAAAUGGUGAGUGAAUUGCUCUGUUGUAAUGUACUUCACUUGCACAUAAUUUGGUUGUUAUUGGCCGUUGACAGGAUUUAUUACCCCUUCGUGCCAAGUCGUAAGUUCUGAGUACUUGCCUGUAGCAGUAGUUUAUACACAUGUUGUGUUGGAUUGAGGCUUAGAAUGUAUGUACAUUAUGUAAAGAGACUCUCUAAAUUGAUCAGGUUCGGACUUGCUUGUAGGUUUCUGUAAUCUCUGGUAAAAUUAGUUUAGUCUAUUUUCACUCUACAAUGUAAUGGUUUUGGGGCUUUCAAAUUGCAGAGGUGUUUUGUGAA